CAGGCACGCAACAGAUUUCGCUAGUAUUCAAGGAAUUGGUGGCCUCGUGAACCGUGGUAAAAUACACUUUUGAAAUAGAGCUGUGGGUCUGGAGUGUUCAUCAAAGGAAAGAUUUUCAAUGUUUCCUUCAAAUCAACAUUGCCGUGCCAAGUAACCUUAAUUCCAACCAAGCCCAAUAUCUCCCAUUUCACGACCAUCCCUCUUCCGUCCGAGACUGGCAACGUAUUGCAUGUCUACCUUUAUCUUGACUACAGGCUGAUCCGUCCUGUUUGUGGCGACCCUGGUCAAAAACCGGACGCGUUCGGCAAACCUAGUCCGCGUGUGGCGACAUGGGGCAUCGUUGGAUUAUCUUCAUCUUUGUCCUGCUACUCCUGGCUCAUACUACACGCCCCGACGAAGAGGACUUUAAGCGAAAUGUCCGAGAAUAUGCAGCCGAACAGAGUAUCUGGCAUUUGUUGGCGUCAACGGCGGUGCUUGGUGUGACAGAUGCAUUUCACAUAUUGCGACUGGACGACUAUGGCCUGUUCACAGUCAUUUCCGUUCCCAACUUCUUGGGAAAGGCUCCCCUAAAGUUUGUGGGACUGUUUGGAACUUUUAUACCGCUCUCAUGGAAGGUGAUACGCAAAGCGUGGCAGGGCUGGGAGCUUGAGGGACCUCAUUGCCAGCCAUGUCUUAACGGCAUCUGUAUCGGCAACAACAAGUGUUUCUGUCUGCCGAGCUUUUCCGGUCCAACUUGUGAGCACACAAUGCCAAAAUAUGUGACACUUUGGGACUAUGUUGGCUAUUUCGUUCCGGUAGCCCGACAAUACACCGACCAUUGUAUUUUUGGAAUACCGAUUCACUACCUUCCAUCAAGAGUUGUAUCAGUUGGAGAAGUGCUUGGUGUCAUCGACGUGUCAACGCAGCUUGGACUAUUGGAUCUGUUAGUGCUUCUUUACCUCGGUAUCUAUGUUGCCUGGAAAGUAGCUCCCAGAGACAUAAUGCAGCGACAUUUCGUCGCAAAGUAUGCGAAUCUAAGGGAGGGAGCAAGACGAUACCACGUCUUGUUGACCAGCGCGUGGAGCCAUGAUUCCUUCUUGCAGCUCGGGGUGAAUCUGUACGGGCUUUACGAAUACGGCCCAAUGAUUUACCAAGUACUGGGGCCAAUCACAUUCCUGUAUUUCUACUUAUUGACCUGCGUCGGGACGGCGAGUCUCAGUCUUUUCUUUGGAAUGAUCCGCGGUAGGUAUGACAAGGAGUACCACGGGGCUACAGGCAGCAUAAUGGCCUUGAGAUGCUUUACCGUAUGGGGACUGUCCGCUCUCGGCAAGGGAGUGGUGAAAUGGCAAGCUGUUAAAGAUAUGGCGCUCUGGCAAGUUGCCGCAGAUAUUAUAGCAAACGGCGGAAACGUAGAUGGGUGGGAUUAUAUUGCACCAGCUCUAGUUUCUGGCAUCUUCUACUAUCACUGGUGGCAGGAAGCGAAAUAUAAACCCAUGCGAUGGUUUUAA